CAGUGGGCUCACAGCCUUGGGAAAGUCCUGUCCAACACAUUUCUUAUUCUGGCUGCAGGCCUUACAUGUCCAUGGCGCCAAGCGCCCUGAGAGCCCUCACGCUCUUCCUCCUGCCGCUGGCGAGCGCCAACAGCGGCGAGGUGCAGGUGACAGCAGACGGAAAGGUCACACGCAAACAUGAGGUGACCGGCGAGAGCGCCGGGCACAAGGAGUCCGAGAGGACGCCCUACGGCAGUUUCGGCAGCUACGGCAGCGGCAGCUCGGGCAGCUGGGGUGGCGGGGGCGGGGGCGGAGGCUUUGGCAGCAACUACGCGGUGUCCAGCGGCUACAGCAGUGGAGGCGGCAACGCGUAUGGCAGCAACGCAUACGGCAGCAAUGCCUACGGCAUGCAGGGCGCGCAGGGCGGGAUGUAUGGCCAGCCGGUCCGAGCGGGCGUGCCGGGGGUGCACACGGGCUAUAUGCCCACAGAGACGGAGACGCACAUGCCCCUGUCCGCCAAUGUCGAGCUGGAUUCCGAUGACGGGGUGCUCAUGAACUCCCGGCGGCGCUCCGACAAGCGCCGCGAGGACUACGACUACGAUGACAACACAGUGCUGGGCAUGGCCAACUACAUCUACAAGGGUUCCGCAUCCAAAGCCGGCGCCUGGCUGCUGGCUGUGCUGCUUGUUGCCCGGGUGCUCUGAGAUGGCGAUGUUGGAUGUUGCAAUCGCAGGAGGUGCCGAGGCGCUGAGUGAAACGACGCGCGAUGCCUACGCCUCUCAUGCCCUGCCCGAGCUGGUUUUUGGCACUGCCUUUGCGCGAGAAACCCG